AUGAGUGGCUUUCCCAGUCAACACCACAAGCAAUUACUAAAGGAAUCAAGAUUAGAAAAUGACAGCAAUCGACAGAUAAAGCGAAGAAAAAGAGUGCUACCAGAGGCUACUGAAACUAUGAAUGGCACUGAGGUGAGCGGAUCUUAUGAAUCUGAAGAUUCAAGUGACUUUGAAGACGUGAAUUUGGAUUCGGAGCAGCAAGAAGGGUGGGAAUCUGACAAUCCUGAUGAAUUUGAUGAAGUGUUUUUCGACACUUCAGAUGUUACAAAUGGCUCUGAUACACAACGGUUUCAUGAUUUGGACCAAGUAAUGACCUUUAAAUUGGAUACUACACUGAAAGAACAAGAAAGGAAGAGAAAGGUGAAAUUUAUUAGUAAUGAUGAACGGGUACGACGCGUUUCAAUCCACAAAAUGUACAUUGUGUUGUUACUAAUACAUGUUGCUACUCGAAAUUCGUGGUGUAAUAACAAGUCCGUAUCAAAAUCGCUAAAGCAAGCUUGCGUUACUCGACAGAUAUCACAAUUGCUCAAUGACGAUAGUGGAAAGGACAACGUUAAAUCAAGAAGGUUGCUAGAUGCAAUAAAAAAAUUGAUGGACAUAUACGCAGGAAAAUAUAGGAUCACUUCACAGGGGUUGCUAAGGAAAGACUGGAACGAAUUGAGUAUUGUGCAAGACUCCGAAGUAGUAACAAAAAAGAAGUUUGCAACUUUGGUUACAAAUUUUCGAGGGAACCGAGACGUAGCUGCACAAGGGUUUGUUUCCCUUUUAAGAGGAUUGGGGUUGAAUGCAAGAUUGGUUGUUUCAUUGCAGCCACCCGAUUUUACAAUUAUCGCAGAGAACAUGUCACCAAAGUCAAAACGAAAAGCGGAGAAUAAGAAGACGGACCCAACAGACCUCAUCAAUCCCAGGAGAAGAAAGUCUACAAGCAAUUUUGAAGAUUCCAACCACCCAGUAUUUUGGGUCGAAGUGUGGGAUAAGUUUGCUAAACAUUGGAUAAGUGUGGACCCAAUUGUGAAACAAAAGAUUGAGAUUUGUUCCAAAAGGAGGCCGAACUCAUUUGAGCCGCCACCCGGAGAUGAGAGAAAUCAAUUGCUCUAUGUAGUGGCAUUUGAUAAGUUAGGUAGGGUUAGAGACGUAACGCGGCGUUACUCAGUCAACUAUAAUGCUCGAGUGAUUAGAAAAAGAAUAGAGUUUAAAUCAGAAGAUGAAAAGGAUUGGUACGAGCUGGUGUUGAGAUCUUGCCAAAGAAACAAAUCGAGAAGCCCAACUGAUAUUUUUGAAGCAAAGGAGUUUCACGAACGUGAUUUGGCAGAAGGGAUGCCUAACAACAUGCAAGCAUUCAAAAACCAUCCCUUGUAUGCAAUAGAAUCUCAACUUAGACAGAACGAGGUAAUCCAUCCCAAAGAUGAAUCCAGCGUUUGUGGGACUUUCAGACCUAAGAAUACAUCAGUAAAGUUGUUACCAGUUUAUCGGAGAUCUUGCGUACAAAAGCUCAGGUCAGCUAGGGCAUGGUACAUGAGAGGUAGAGUUUUGAAAAUUGGAGUGGCUGCUUUAAAAUCAAAAGAAAGACCAGGUUCCGAGGAAGAAGACGUUCGAUUAUACGCGGAAUAUCAAACCAAGCUUUAUAUACCACCUAAGAUUGUGGAGGGAAAGAUCCCUAAAAAUCAGUAUGGUAAUAUAGAUAUCUAUACCGAUACAAUGAUUCCAGAGAAUGGCGCCUUAAUAAGAAUAGGCGAACAGAAAACUAUGAAAAUGCUUCAAAAGGCUGCUUCAUUGCUAGAGAUAGACUAUGCUAAAGCGAUUACUUCUUUUGACUUUACUCAGAGAAAAAAGGGCACACCGAACGCAAAAGAAGGCGGAAUUGUAAUUCACCAAGACAAUAAAGAAGUUCUUGAACUUGCGUUAGACCACAUGAUUCAAGAAGAUGAGGAGGAGAGAAGGGCCAUGGUAGAAAUGAACGCACUACAGAAUUGGAGAUACUUUUUAUUGAAAGUGAGGUUGAAGCAGCGGCUAAACAAAACCCAUGGGAUUGUGGAUGAAGGACAUAGUGCAGACGCAUCGGAGAAAGAAAUCGUCGCUGAUCAAGCCCUCGCUGGAACUUCUCGCGACGACUUAGAUGACGUGGCGAACAUACCAGACGACGAUUUCGGGGGUGGGUUUAUAGUAUCAGAUAAUGAAAUUGCAGAUUCGGGGCAAGAUGACGAAAAUGCUGCUGAUUUAAAAGAUGACGUGGGCUACAUUGAAACAAGUAUCGAGCGUCGAACUAGAGGCAAUUCAGGACACAAAGAGUCUAGAGACAGUGAAAUCGAUAGCGAUGAAGCAGACACAGAACUUGCUAGACUGACCCAUAAGCAUGCGGGUUUUUCCAACAGUAGCUCUGGUUCUGAUGAAGAAUUUGAAGCGGAUGACGAUGACGAUGACGAAAGUUUAGAGUUUGAGUAUGAAAGUGAGUAG